GCGGCGGCGGGCUGAGGGGGGUGGGUGUGGUGAGGGGUGCUGGGCAGUUUUCUCCGCGUGGGCCGAGUGGCGCGGCCGGGACGGGCGGUCCCAGCGUGGCGGGCCCGCGCCGGGGGCCUCCUGGUCGCGCAGCUCCACCCCUCGUGCCGCAUUUCGGUCCGCGGGGUCCGGCCGGUGACAGCAUGGUGGACGUGUUCAGCGGGCGGCUCCUGGUCAGCAAGGACGGCCACAGCGUGGACGCCGAGGAGGCCCUGCAGAACAAGGUCGUGGGCUUGUACUUCUCUGCCGGCUGGUGCGCGCCCUGCCGCGACUUCACCCCCGUCCUCUGCGACUUCUACACGGAGCUGCUGGAGGAGACGCAGCCUCCCGCCCCCUUUGAGGUCGUCUUCAUCUCCUCCGACCACAGCGCCGAGGAGAUGGCGGGCUACAUGCACGCCAUGCACGGCGACUGGCUGGCCCUGCCCUUCCACGACCCCUACAAGCAGCUGCAUGACUUGCCUCUUAGGUGUAGAUAUUAUGUUCCUCACUUUUCUUGUUGGAUACCAGCAUGUCUGUCACCAUAGCUCGCAUUCCUGCUGCAAAAAUUAUGGAAUAUCACUUGUGAUGAUGAUGUGCUAUAAGAUAUUUUCUUAACUUCUGCCUUCCAAAAUGAACACUGCAAAUUCAUGAGCAUCUACAUUGUUUUGUUAAUUGCUCUCUGAUGUGAACAUUAGCACAAUGAACUGAUGUGCUGAGGAUGACCUAUGAAUGUGGCAAGAGGUAGGUAAUAGUUUUCCUACCUUUUUAGAUUAGUUUGAAAAAGGCAGGGAAACAGAUGGGUGUGGUUCUGACUUUAUGAUCAGAUGUCUAAACCCAUUUCUCUGCCUGCUUAUUUGUAUUCAAUAAAUGGCUUGUUUUCUUCUUUGUACAUUUAGUGUUAAUGGAAGUAGUGUUUCUGUUAUCACCAUGCAUUUGGAAAGAAUUUGUUUUUGCAGUGUCCUGAUAAACAUGACAGGAAACUUCAGACUUUCUUUAUCUGUUUUUCUUUCUGAGUUGGAACUGGGGCAGUGAACUGAUUCUGGGGUUCCUGGAAACACAUGAAGCUCCUCCUGUUGAGCAGCACUCUCAACAAUUCUCUCUGAUUUUAUCUGAUGUACAUUGAGAUGUUUAAUGAGCUCAGAGCUCACAGCUCACUGACUGUCUUUUACCUCUGUUGUGAAUUAAUAAAAUCCAUACCAAAAA